AUCUCUAUCGCGUGUUUGCGUGAGGAGGUUGCGGGGUUUAGCAGCCUGUUGGUUUGGAUGAUCGCUACCAACGUGCCAGGAUUACGGAGAGUAAAUUAAGUGAAAUAAUAAAUUUUGAGUCACGAAUCAACCCCCAUACAAGCGUCAAUAUGUCUGACACCUAACUGGACAUUGUUUUAAGCUGUACAAUGCCGUCCGUACUUUUUUCACCUCCGAAAUGGAUUCCAAAAUUUAAAGGGCAAAGCUCAUAUAAUCUACAUCACGUGAACAACCAUUAAUUUUAUUUCGUUGAUAAUUACUAAAUUUUCCUGAGGAAAAUGGCGACUGUUUACAGAAAUCGACAACUGAUGUAUCUCUCCGUAAUACUUUUCUUUUACUUUGCAAGUAUCGGAUGUUUGUCACCUUUCCUAACCUCUCACAUGAGACAUCUAGGAUUUUCAUUAUCUGAAAUAUCAUUCAUCAAUGCCGUCUCUGCUUUCUUCAGCAUAAUCGGUCCUGUUCUUGGCGGCACUUUCGCCGAACGAAAAAACCGGUACAAAUCCACCACCAUCUUCUGCAUACUAGUUGGGGCCAUGGCCUUCGUAGCCCUUUCCUUUGUGCCCCGUUAUGACAAACUCAAUUACAAACCACUGGUAGACUUCGAUUGUGAUGCUGGACUGCGAAUCGAACGCUGUGUUAACUGGGCUACAUGUGGUGAGGCUCUGCAUUCUACUGACAACUUAACGAAAAUCAAACUGUCAAAAUGUCACUACCAGUGUCCUAAAAGCGGACAUUUCACGUCACCUUAUCCUCUGCAUUUGUGUUUCCAUGGAGAUAGUGGUAAUAUAUGCGUAGUUUUUGACAGCGAUAAUCAAAACAAUUCCUUAACAGAAUUCGAAAGUCAUUUGCAGUCCUGGCCUUAUGUUGAAGUCCCCGCCCAAAGCAAUGAAACUUUAACCAACUCUUCACAAACGAUUGAAGAAGACGUUCCAAGAGCUCAUGUAGCAAUGUGUAAUCAUUUACCUCUUGCUCCAGUAAGUUUCAACCAGAAGCAAUAUCAAGGCAUCUCUUGCAGACCCAAAAGGGAAGACUGCUCUAUCCAUUGCAAAGUGACAUUUAUGUCCGGUGGACAAACAGUAUAUCCCAGGCAAUGCGAAGAAGCCUUUGGAAAUCCCACCACCACAUUUUGGAGCUAUUUAGUUUUGAGAAGUAUCGGAGAUUUGUGUCUCUUGACAGCUAUAUGUUUGCUGGAUGCUGUCACUAUCUGGAGCACUAUAGAUUACGAGGGUUGUUAUGGACGUAUGCAUGUUUGGGCGGCACUUGGCAUGGCAUCCUUGUCUCCCAUUAGUGGUUCAUUGCUCGAUUACUACACAGACAUGGAUGGACGAAUCGAUUUCACUCCUCCAUCAUUUCUGGCAUCAACCUUUUCUGUGAUUGCCUGUGCUUUGAUCAUCGUGUUGCCAAUUCACAGGCAGAAAUCAUUACAAUUCCAGCAAGCUGUAAUGCCAACUAAAGAAGUCAAGUUUUUCUCUGGGGAGAUGAUUAUCUUUCUGUUCAUCAUUCUCAUAUUUGGCAUGCAGUGGAGUAUUCUCUACACUUUCUUGCCCUGGUUGACCAUGGACAUUGGAUGCACAGCCACACAGACGGGUCUAGCCGGCACUCUGAUGUUUGGAUUCAGCAUACCGUUUCUACUCAUCUCUAAGAAUAUGGUGAGGAACAUCGGCAAGGCUAAUCUGCUGGUUUUCGCUUUCUUAUUUUAUUUCACAAGAUACGCAGGAAUCACUUUCGUUUCAUCUCCUUGGUGGACCCUGCCUUUCGCUUUAAUGGGAAGUUUCACCCUCUGCGUCAUGUGGAUUGCUUCAGUGGCAUAUGGACAGAAAUUGGCCCCUCCUGGUUACAGCCUCAUCAUGCAGUAUCUACUUAAUCUCGUUCAUUUCGGUCUUGGUCGUGGCUUGGGCAGUUUGACUGGAGGAGCCCUUAUUUCAAGCUACUCACAAAGAGUUGUGUUUUGUGGCAUCGCUGUCUUUUCGGCUGUCCUAGCCUUUCUGUAUCUCACCCUGUACCACGUCGGAUUGCGACAGCGGCAGAAAGGAUCUUACCCAGCCAUUCUGAACAGUACAUGGUACCCACUUCAGACUCGCUAUCCCAAUGGUGACGCCAAAGCCAACCAGCCUAUUGUUGGAGACCAAGAUGAUGACAUCGAAAACGCGCCAAACAGUCGCCAAGCCAACCACAAAUGAAGAUACUGGAAUGCAGUUCUUAUGUACUGAACUUUAAUACAGCAUGAUGUUUAACGUAGUUCAUUCGUCGACUUCAUAGCUAAAGAAAGAUCAAAGAUUUUAUCUAACAAAGCUUUUUCUUAGAUGAAAUCUUCUGUCUUUGCAGCGUAGAGCAACAAAACUCUUAUCUUUGGGAUUUUAGGAAUCUUCAAAAAAGUAGAAUAUUUUAGAGCAUCAAGUGAUAUUUGUCCAGUGACGAACGCGAGAAUUUUUUCCAAAUAUUUACGACAAGAUGGUGCUUUAAAUUGAUGUGAUGUAAUAUAGCAUUAUCUUUUCAUUUGCAUUUGAAUUGUUAUCCUAUUUCCAUGGAUGCCCGAUUGUAAGGCAGAAAAGAAAUCAAAUCUCGCCAAAUAUGAGAUAUUUUGGCAACGAAUUUAUGAUAAUAACAGUAAAUGAUGUGAUGCCAUGGUAUGAAGACGUAUAUAUAUAUAUAUAUGAUUGGAUAAGUAAUGUAUAUGUCUAUAGCGGUAUGAGAAGUCAAUUACAAUGCAAUCUGAAAAAGUUUAAAAAAAAAAAAUGCAACAAUGAGGCGUUGUAGAGCCCAAAUCAACUAUACAGUGGAUUUUCUAAAUUUUGAAUUUUAUAAAUUGCCUAAAAACAACGAACAGUUGUUUUUCAUACAAUUUUUGAAUCUAAAAUGGAUACUAACAGAUCCAACACAGUAUGUGAUUUAAUGUAGGGGCACUUGAAUAUUUUAUUGAUGUUCAUAUGCAUAUUUUGUCAAAACUUUAUCCUAAUUGCUUUAACAUUUUAAUGACUGUGCUUCCUUGAUUCGGAAAGAUAUUUUAGAUACAAAUAUUUUUUGGACAACAUUUGAUGCCAAAAUAUGUAUCUUGGUCAAAAUAAUGUUGCUGCGUGGGCUGGCUCCCACAGCUGUCUUUUUCAAAUUAGAAUUUGCAUUUAUUCAUUUAUAUUAUUUGUAGUAUCUUUUCAUCUGAAGUAAUACUGAGUUACUGUAAAAUAUCUCAUUUUAUGCUAUGAUUGUAUGAAAUUAUCAGCGAACUGAUUGCUAAUCACUUUAUAGCUGCACAGUUGACAGCUACUCUUAGUUGUCAGAAUUUGCAUAUGUUACUUCAUUGUUUUGUAGUUCAGUUUCUUCUCUUUUGUAAAUAGUAUUGAUUUAUUUUUAAGAAUGUUUUUUGUCGUUGACUGCAUGAAAACUGGCGAUGAAUCAGUUGCGAAUUAUUUAACAGAAGCGCCGUUUUUUUUCCCACCCGCCAUCAGAAGUACGUCCAAGUAUUUUGUAACAAGACAUUUUCGUGACUUUUGUAAAUUUUUUUGCUAGCGUUUUCUAAUUUUAUAUCGUAUAUUUUGUAUUGCUGACUGACAAUAAACUGACUUUCAUCAGUCGCAGGGUGUACGUCCUAGCUUAUUGUGAAAAGACGCUUACCUGCAUCUUGUCUGUACGUAUAUUAUAUUACAGUAUCGUAUAUGUUGUACUACGUUAAAGAAAUGCAGUUUCAUUCCGUCAAUCAUCGAAUGCACGUCUAAGUGUAUUGUGAAAAGGCACUUACCUGCAUCUUGUUUGUAUGUAAUCAUACUGGAGUAUUUUGUGUACGCUGUACUGCAUUACAGAAACGCUUUUUCAUUCCGUCAAGUGUAUUGUGAAAAGACACUUCUGCAUUUUAUAGUGUGUGAAUAGGAUUUUUUAGCUUAUUAAUAAUGCUAGCAAAUAAAAAUAUGUGUUUAAUAUUCCAUUUAAAUGCAAAAAAGGGCAUAUGAUGUAAAAAUGUUCAAUGGGUGGUGGACUCACUUCAAUUUGUGACCAGUCAUUAACAGUUUGGUCUGGAACUGAACUUCUGAACCCAUCGAAUUACCGAUUGAUGGUCAUUGAAAUUAUUUUAUACUUUCUUCAUUUUUGUAUGUGUGUAAAGUAGUUUUGAACUUUUUCUCACUGUAAUCAAGUACUGAUCAUUUCGAUGGCAACGAAAUGAAAUAUGUUGUCAUAUUAAUAUUUUCAUCCAUGCUCUUGGUUGUUUAAAUGAUUAAUUGGUGGAUGAAUUUUCCAACUAAAAAAGUUUCUUUUUCUGUGUGCGUGUUGAUUAAAUUUUUGAACAUAAAGGAUUGGCAGUUCUCUUUAGUGUAGAGCCCUGUAAGUGCUUUUUAGAACUAACAUAAAAUCAUUGAUAAGUUCAUUAAUAAAUAUUUUUUGUCAAUAAUUUCACUGCUGUAAAAUAGCUAUAAGUAAAAAUUAUUUUAAAAAAUUCAUAAAAACGCACACAUAACAGGUUUUAAUUUUUAAUUAUUUUGCAAGACCUUACAUUUUAAAAACUAUUUUGCAGAUCUUUUCACCGUCUAAUACUUUAAAAUUAUGUAUUAUAUUUUAAGAAGAGAAAUGGCCCACUCUUCUAUUGUGUAUAGAGCAUUUCAAUGGUCAGUAAAGAUGUCAACUUUUAAAAAAAUCUGCAAAUCUCAUUUUGCAAAAGAAAUUUUAUUAUUUUAAAUUGGAAAAAAAUCGAUUUGAAUUUCUUUGUACUAUGUCAAUAUUAAAUAAAUUUCUUCUGAAUGUUUGUUUUAACGAAGAAAUUAAGAACAAUUGCUUUAGGGAAGUUUAUUAUUGGUACAAUCUCUUCAGUGGAAGAUUACCAUCUAGGCAGCUGCCUAUGAUCGUUUAGUCGAGGAAGAAACUAAGAAAACAUAUUUUCUUAGUUGUCAAAUAAAUUAAUUUGUAAAAAAAUAUAAUAAAAAAAAUUCAUUGAUUGAUAAAAUAUGAGGAUAUAUUAACUAAUUGUAUUUAUAUUUGUCGAGUAUAAUCAGACAGGUUUCGUUUCAUUUCAUUCAUUUAGUUUCUAUAAUACUUAUAAAUACUGAGUGUCUGCUUCAAUAGUAUUGUGCGCAAACUUGGAUGUCGGAGGUAAUCAGGAGUCAUGGCAGAUAAUUAAAGACAAAUAUUAUGCAUAAGGUUAAUAAACGAAUAUUAACCCAAAAUGAAUCAUUAACAAGUUACAUAUGUACUGCUAUGUGAAACUAAAUUAAUCAUUUAAUAAAAAGAGGGUCUCACAAUAUGCACUGCUUAGGGAGGGUCACAAAAUACCUAAAUUCACCACUGAGUUUGUUGCUAUAGGAACAAUAUACUUAUUAUGGUUUUGUAAAAACAUCUGCAGAUUAAAUUAUUGGUAAUUGUGAAGACUGAAUUGCUAAUUGUAGAGACUGACUAUUCCCAUAAUUUUAGAAUUCUUUUUCCUGUGUACUUCCUUUCUGUAUUGCGUUUGUAUUCGUCAGAAGCAUACCUGCUGAAUUUUGUCCGCUUCUGUAAUAAAAAUCCAGCAAACCGUUUUUAUGAAAUUAUACAAUUACAAGUUGAAUACUCGAAUCCGCCUCGAAGCCACACGGAGAAAUAUGAAUGAUCGGACCGCCGCGGCAGCAUUGGCGGAAACUGAGGUCCUAAGAGCCAUCGCGGGCCUCAGUACAACUCCUCCCGAGGAAGAUGCGUCCCACCAUCGGUAAGGGGUAGCCGAUCCCACACCAUUCUGAUUAGAAUGUUCUGCUAUACAGAAAAUUUCUCAAACUCGUAUCUCAGGUGUUCCCCUAUGUUAUAUACAAUUAUGCAUGGAAAACGAACUUGGAAAUGCCGCUUUAAAUAUCGUUAUAAAAAAAAAGUAAAUUCGAAAUACACAUUUUGAGACAGAACUGUCUCAAAAUGAUCCCGAUACUUUUACUCGAGAAUACUUUUUGGCCAAAAUUAAUUUUUGCAUUUUAAAUAACCUGCAACAUAAAGAAAAGUGGUUGAAUUUUUAAAAUAAGAAUACAUUUUGCAAUAAUAAAGCUGGGAACUUUAAAUUAUUGGGCUUUCGGUUGCUAAAAUGCGUGCAUUUCUACUAUUGCUCUAGAAAGUCAUUGAAUCAGAGUGAAAGACAAAGAGAGCGCAAGAAGAAUGAUUUUGCUAUCUGUUUUUAAAAACAAUAACUGCAAAAAUUAAUAGUCGAAGUUCUAAUAGCUCCAAUAACAAUUUCAGACUGCUUAACACUAACAGAAGGAAAUACUAUCUAACUUUUUGUAACAUUUUUUUAAGAUAAAUAAUAUAAAACACGUAAAAGUAAAGAAUGAAAAUUAUUUUCAUUAUUCAGAGUUAAUAUUAAAGAUAUUUUGAAAUUAAAAUUCUGAAAUUUCUCUUAAAAUCAAAAAUAUUUGUGUAUAAUUCUACCUACUGUUAGAAGAAAAAAAUGAUCCGAUGAUCGAAACGAAAUUAAUAAAUAGACAACCAUUGAAUCGUUGUAUAACUCCUCCUUACGGCUAAUUAAUAAAAUUCUUGAUUUGUUUUCCUUUUUUUUUUCCCCUAUCACUGUUUUGAAACAAAAAACAAAAUUUCAAAACUAGAUAUAUUGAGUUUUAUUCCUUUCUUAAAAAAAUCUUGUUGUAGAAUUUUAUUUUAAUAAAUAAUUUUUUAAUUCUUAUUUUUAGUGCAAAUCACACCAAAAUUUCAAUCAUUCUUGCAAGUUUUAGGCCUGCAGUUAUUUUAAUAGAUUAUAUGUAAAUUAAUAGCAAACGAUUCUGAAUCUAAUCGCCCAUAUUGUUUCAUGAAUUGAGCUCUGAGCAAAAUCAUCAUUCAACAAAAUCAUAUAAGAAUUUUGAUCGCUGAAAAUUUUGAUAGCAGAUUCUUCAGGGUUAAUUCUCAAAAAGUGAUUAAAAACCGUCUUGAUUUGAAAUAACAAUUAAAGUGAAACUGGAAAUUUUUAUAAUAUCUCUUGAUGCAAAAUUAUUUUUCUUUUUAAUUAAUUAAUGUUUCUUCUAUUUACUUUAUUUUCUAAUCUACUGGAGAUCUUUAUCCUUAAUGGCUAUCUUAAUUACCUUUCAAUCAAUUAUUAAAAUGCAUAAAACUUUAUUUUUUUUUAUGUAAUGAUGGAGCUAAUUUCUUUUGUUGAAUAUAAAUUUUCAGGGAACGUUUUGGAGGAGAUUUUUCCCUUGAGUUUAAAUUAUAGAAAGUAAAAAAUGUUAUUAAGUAAAAAAAAAAAAAAAAAAAGGAAAAGAAAACUCUUAGAAUCUAUUUAAAUGUAUGAUUUCAUCUUGAAAGAAUCUUGUAUUAUCUUGAAAAAUUUUAGAUAUAAUGAUUUAUAUGUGAUUUUUUUAAAGAAAUAUUGCAAAUAAAAAAUUCUUCCAUAGUAAAAAAAAGAAUUUUAUUUUUUCAAAAUAUGUCUUUUUUGUCGAGAUUUAGAUGGCAUUAGCAUUGAUUGUAUUACAUCUGAUUUUUUUUAUCAACAGAUUUUUUUUUCAAUUUUGAAUAAUCUACUACUAAUAGAUAUUUUGUUCAUAUUAAGUUUCGUUGUAAUCUUAUAUACUUGUAAUUU